AUGUUGUUCCUUGUACCUCUACGAUCGUGUAGGAACUCGCGGAUUGAGAAUCAGGGUCUCGAAUACUCCGAGUCAAUGAUUCUAGAGUUAGGUGAAUCGAUCAUCGUCCGAUCUUGCGAUUGGCUUAGAUUUGACCGCUCGAUCGAGACCAUGACCAUCAGGACUUGUUUAGUUGACUUUGUUGGACUUAUAGGCACUUUUAGGUCGGAAAUUGGAGGUUGUGGGCCAUGCGCGCUCAGUACUCAGGCUUCAUGUACUCAACCUACGGUUGUAGGUCAAGAAGCUUUGGACUUUUUGCGUGUGGGAGGAUACCCAGGCACCCUUAACGGGGAAUGUUGUAGAGCUUUUGAAGGGCCUGUUUGUGCCCAUAAGAGUUGUUGCAACCGCAUGUGCGAUGUGUUGCCUGCUUGUGGGCUGGGAGCAAUAGUCCUCGGUUGGACUACUCAUCCCUAG